AUGUCUGUUCUUAUCAGCGGAGUCGAUGUCCCUGGACAUCCUCCCCGCGACAAACACUCCCUGCAAAGUUAUGAAGCCAACAAACUUGAUGGCAAGCAAACAUCCAGAAUAGCCCUUUCGAAGCCGUCUUUUCAUCUAAAUGCGCCUAGCGGGUGGCAGAAUGAUCCUUGUGGUGCUGGUUACGAUUCUUUCACCGGACUAUACCAUCUCUUCUUCCAGUGGAAUCCAUAUGGCAACGACUGGGGCAACAUGUCCUGGUGUCAUGCCACCUCUUCCGAUCUGGUCUCUUGGAGUACAUCACCCAUCCCGGCUAUGACGCCGUCGGCGGAGUAUGACCGCUGCGGUGUAUUCACCGGUUGUAUGUGCCCGACUGAUAUCCACGGGAAUCCGGGGGCUCUCACUGUCGCCUAUACAUCAGUGAGCCAUCUUCCUAUUCAUUAUACUUUGCCGUAUACCAGAGGAAGCGAGUCGCUCAGUUUAGCCACCUCCAAAGAUGGUGGCAUGACAUGGCAACGAGAGGACUGCAACCCUAUUCUUCCUGGACCGCCUCAACAUCUCCAGGUGACUGGAUGGAGAGACCCAUACAUUACGACUUGGGAUCGAGGCGAGGCAUCGCAAAACCAGCAUUCAAAUCUAUAUGGUUUUAUCUCUGGUGGGAUUUCCGACCAAACACCGACCAUCUUUGUCUAUUCUGUCAACCCCCAAGACCUUCGGCAAUGGCAGUACACCGGCCUCUUGACCAACGUUGGUCUCAACUUCCGUCCGUCGCGCUGGUCGGGCGACUUCGGUGUCAAUUGGGAAGUGACCAAUUUGAUGACCUUGACGAAUGACUCUGGCGAUUCCAGGGAUUUCGUCGUGAUGGGAGUCGAGGGAUGUCUGCGCCCGGAAGGCUCAGAUCGCGUCGCCGGUGAAGCUCGUCAUAGACGGGACCCUAGGGGUCAGCUGUGGAUGUCUGUAAAAGCGUCCGGAGAACAGAAAACUACCGAAAACGUCUUGACAGAAUACGCCUUCGCCGGUGUUUUCGACCACGGAUGCUUGUAUGCUGCCAAUGGCUUCUGGGAUCCUCAAACUUCUCGGAAUAUUAUAUACGGUUGGAUCACUGAGGAAGAUCUGCCUGAUGGCCCUCGCCAUCGCCAGGGAUGGAGCGGUAUGAUCUCUCUGCCGCGGGUGGUGAAUAUGAUGACUCUGCGCAAUGUUAAGAAGGCACGCAGCUCGCCACUGCACUCGAUCACAUCCAUCGAGAAGAUCCCAGAACAUGACGGAAACGAUUUUACCAUUCACACUCUGCGUAUCACACCAGACCCACGACUUGGUCGUCUUCGACAUGGGGCCACAAAGAGCAAUUUGACACAAUUAUCCCUGCAUCCAUCUUCCUUUUUGUCCUCCGAGUCUUGCUUGCCCCUGACAACAGCUCGCUGGGAACUGACAAGCGAGUUCUCGGUUAGCCAAGCGUGUGAACGUGUGGGCAUUGAAAUUGCUCAUACUGCUGGUAUGUUCUUGUUCAACAACUUUCCUCCAAAUACCACAAUUAACCUGUCCCUAGACUUCGAACAUCGCACUACACUUGCAUGGCACCCACGCUCUGAAACAAUAACCAUCCACCGACCCUCUGUCGAGAACCCCGACAUCAACCAUGGACACGAGACUGCACCGCAUACGCUAUUCACAUGCGUGAAUGAGCAAGGCGAAGAGACUGAAGAGAACUUAAGAGUACACGCAUUUUUCGACAAGAGCGUGCUAGAAGUCUUCGUAAAUGAGAGGACGGUUAUUACAACUCGGAUUUACCAUCCAUCCAAUCGCUGCUCUGGAUUACGCUUCUUUGCAGAGCCAGCCGAAGGACAAUCUGAUCAACCGCCAACGACCCUUCUGAAGGCUGAUGUCUGGGAUGGGCUUGAUGCGAACUAA